GCAAACACUUCCAACAUGUCGUCAUCCUCUUCGUGCAAGCAUUUGGAGCUGAGCACAUGGAUCAGCAGAAGUCAUAUACCUCAGAUCUGCCUCCUCUUGCAGCGGAAAUAUAUGAAGUAGCACCACGUGUUGAAAGACAACUCCAACUUGUCCGAGCAACAAAGUUGCUUCAUCUUACCCCAGCAUUGCAUGGAUCGACUGAUGGAAGGAUGAACAGGGUAUCCCGAUUUAACCGCUUUGCAAAUGGUGAUCUGAGUGAACCUAUCGCCUGGCUCAUGAUGUACGAGGAGAAUCGUCGACUUCAGUAUUACGCGGAUACUGAAGACAACCGCCAAAGAAGAGCCACAAGACUUGUGCAUGAAAGAGGAGGCAUCACGGAAGUUGCCAGUGCCUUAAUCUCCCCAGCACCUUCACCGCGCAACAACGACACGCUGGAGCAUCUUCGCAACCUACACCCUAACGAAGAUCCUGACGAUAUUGCUACUGCGUGGGAUUCCAGCAUCAAAGCUGCGGGAGAUAGUAUAAAAACGCGCAGGAUAGACUCCGUCGCCGAAGCUGAUUGCUGAACCAUUCGAAAUCAAGUUCAUCAAGCAGACGGUGAAGAAAGCCAACCCUCAGAGUGCUCCGGGGCCUGAUGGUCUUCGUUUUUCGUAUUUCCAAGCUAGCGGGAUGAGUGAUUCUUUUACUGAAACCUUGGCGGACUUCAGCUUUAAAGUCUUCUACUACGGAGACGAGCUUCCGGAUUUCUUUUGGAACCUCCACACCAGUGCCAACCUU